CACGGAACGGGUUAAAGUCUACCAGUUUGUUUGGAAAAUGUUUUGGUCAUUUUUAAUAGUAACACUUGUUCUUUUACUGUUUAUUUAUAUCGCAGGACGUUUAAAACCGAAAUCAGCGACUCUUGCUCAAAAGCAUGUUGUUGUAACAGGUGGUUCAAGUGGUAUAGGAAAAGCUAUAGCUGUCUUAGCAGCCCAGCAAGGAGCAAAUGUAACAAUCUUGGCUCGUAAUAAGCUUAGAUUAGAAGAAGCAAAAACUGAGAUACAGGGACAUUUAAAGCCCAAUGGAAAAGUUCAAAGUUUCUCCGUAGAUUUAUCAACUAAUUAUGAUGAUGUUAAAAAAUGUGUUACUGAGGCUGAAGAAAAGUUUGGCCCAGUGUUCAUGUUGGUGAAUUCUGCUGGUACUUCAGUGAGUCGUUCAUUUCAAGACUUGGAUGCUUCAGAGUUCAAGAAAUUGAUGGAAGCCAAUUAUUACAGUGCUGUAAAUGCCACUAAAGCUUCUAUUGACUCAAUGGUAGAGCAGCAAGCUGGUAGAGUGGUAUUCCUCUCAUCCCAGGCUGGACAGAUUGGACUGUUUGGUUUCUCUGCAUACUCUGCCUCAAAAUUUGCUCUUAGAGGACUUGCUGAGGCCUUACAGAUGGAAAUGACCCCUCACAAUGUCAGGGUAACUGUGGCCUUUCCUCCAGAUACAGACACACCUGGUUUCCAGCAUGAAUUACAGGGAAAG